GUGCCUUCGAGAACUUUCUAUCAUUCUCUCCUUCUCUCCAUGUGUGUAUAUAUAUAACAUACUACACAAACAGAAAAGACCCAUUUGGUGAGAGCGGCUGAGAAUUGAAUAUCAGUGGAACAGAGAGAGAGAUCAGAGAUGGGGAAGGCACGGACUGUUGGUAUAGGCAUGGAUUACUCUGCAGCGAGCAAAUCUGCUUUACGAUGGACGGUCGAUAAUCUGAUUGAAGAAGGAGAUCGCAUCAUAUUGAUCCAUGUUGAACAACCCAAAGCUACCAGAAAGCAGCUAUUCGAAGAUACGGGAUCACCUUUGAUUCCUUUGGAAGAAUUUAAUGACUCAAAGCAGUAUGGACUCACUAAUGACCCAGAGGUUCUCGAUAUCCUUGAUACUGUGUCAAGAACUAAAGGGGCCAAAGUUGCGGCGAAGGUAUACUGGGGGGAUCCAAGAGAGAAGCUGUGUGAUGCAGUGCAAGAUCUCAAGCUUAAUUCGCUUGUUGUUGGAAGCAGGGGAUUAGGCCUUCUAAAAAGGGUGUUGCUUGGCAGUGUGAGUAACUAUGUGGUGACUAAUGCUUCAUGUCCAGUCACAGUCGUGAAGGGUGCAUCAUCGACUUCAUCUACCAAACCAUAAAGACAUCAGUGCUAUGAAUGCUAUCCGAAAAUGAAAUUUAAGUAAACUGUAUGAAACCUGAAUGGAUUGAGGCUAUUUCUACUCUGUUUUUAUUGAUUGUAUCAUGACAUGUAUAUUUAGAUCGAUGGGAGUGGACUUGAACGACUGUUUAAUGUCAUUGAUAUGAAUUGCUGCCC